CGCGACAACACCAACGUGCAGUCUAAGUGCUGCCGACUGACCGCUGGUCUCGCGGAACACGGCCGGUUGCCCUUUGUGCACUAUCUAUACCUUUGCCAGAGGCCCCCAACAAAGGGCGCUCGCCAUAUAUUCCCGCCGGGGCGAGGCCAUGCCACUGCGAUCCACGCCAUACGCUACCCCGUCACACGUACCGCGCGUCCCCCAUGUCACCCCCGGCCUCCAAGCGGCAUAGCGGUAAUGGCAUCACCACCAUCGACAAGCUCGACUAUCCUUCAAACCCCGCGCGUCGCCCUCUCCUAGCCCCCGACAGCGAUACCGAGUCGCAACGACGCAGCCAGGGCACCAGCUACGCCGGAAGCUUCUUUGAGCAGGUUGCCGAGGGCAUCUACGAACAGGACCGCGUCAAGAUGCAGCGCGCCGCCCUCCGCUGGCUCAGCUUUGUCUGGGCCAUCGUCAUCUGCCUCUGCGCCGGCAGCAUCACUGCCUUCUCCCUCUAUGGACAUUUGUUCCAGUCCAAGCUCCAUUACACCCAGGUUCAGGUCAACGCCGUCUCCAUUGGGGCCGAGCUCGGCCUGUACCUCCUCGUCCCCAUCUUUGGAUACCUCUGUGAUCGUCUGGGCCCUGGCGUCCCCGCCGGUCUUGCGGGUGUUCUCUUUGGCGCUGGCUACUUUCUGGCUGCAUUUGCAUACCGGAGCGGCCCGCCUCCUGCGGCUGGCGGCUAUGGAUGGCCUUUUGGUGUCAUGAUCCUGGCCUUUGCCCUUGUCGGCAUGGGUACGAGUUGCAUGUACCUGUCUGCCGUCACAACAUGCGCAAAGAACUUUGGCCGCGGUAAUAGCAAGGGUGUGGCUCUGGCGGUACCCAUUGCCUCAUUUGGACUGAGCGGCAUGUGGCAAAGCCAGGUUGGAAGCCGCUUGUUGUACGAGAAGAACGCCGAUGGAACCAGGGGAGAUGUUGACGUCUUCCGCUUCUUCCUCUUCUUGGGCACCCUGCUGCUUUGUGUCGGCGCCGUCGGCUUCUUCGCCCUACGCAUCGUCGACGAGGAAGAGAUGAUUGACGAGGCUGUUGACGAGCUCGAGAGAUCUGGUCUUCUACAGCCUGACGGUUUCUUCCACCAAGCUGCACAGCACCAUGGCUAUGGUACCAUGGAAACGCAGGACCUAUCUGACUCGACCUUUGACUUCCUACAGUCUGAAGCCGAGCGCCUGAAAGCAAAGGCAGAAGAGGAGGCUCGUAAGAAGACGUGGCUUCUAAACGAAGAAACACGUCUCUUCAUUAUGGACCCGACCAUGUGGUGGCUGGCAGCUGGCUUCUUCCUCGUGACUGGACCCGGCGAAGCCUUCAUCAACAACCUAGGCACCAUUAUCGAGACACUUACACCUGCCAACGUCGCGACCAAUACCUCACCAGCCACCCACGUGUCCAUUGUUGCCAUCACCUCGACCCUCGCUCGCUUGGCUACCGGCACACUCUCUGACAUCCUUGCUCCUGUUGCACAGUCGCACCAGCAUUGCCGCAACCCAGAGUCGGUCGCAAAUUCUGUGUCAUCCCUCCCGCCUCCUGAGCAGCCCCGAAAGUUCACCAUGUCUCGCAUCACUUUCCUUGUAGCAUUCGCUUUCCUCCUCUCCCUCGGACAGCUCCUGCUCGCAACAGGCUGGGUUCAGAACCACGCUUCUCGCUUCGCCGUUGUUUCCGCCCUCAUCGGCGCAGGUUAUGGUGCCGUAUUUUCCCUCACUCCCAUCGUUGUCUCUGUCGUCUGGGGCGUCGAGAACUUUGGAACAAACUGGGGCAUUCUGGCCAUGACGCCUGCUGCAGGCGCUACCCUCUGGGGCGCCGUGUACGCUACUGUGUACCAGAAAGCCGCGAAUAGUGCCGAGGCUGGUGUUGAAAAAGACCCAGAAGACGUCCUUUGCCAUGGCAAGGCAUGCUAUGCGCCCACCUUCUGGGCCAUGACUAUUAGUGUUUGGUUCGCCAUGGGUCUUUUCCUCUGGGCAUGGAGAGGCCCUGGUGGUUGGAAGCGAAAGGGCAUUGCUGUAUAACACCCUAGACAUAUCUCAUUUUCCUUAUACACUCUCCUGUUUAUUUGUCGUUUUAUGCAUGGCGAAGGGAGUUUUUUGUCUCUGUCAUUUUGCUUUAUUGGAUUUCUCUCGUCAUUGCUCCGUGUGCUGUUAUCUGGUCAUGUGCAUUGUAUCCAUCUGGUCUGGUCUUGUCCUCUGGUUAAAUCCCUCGUUUGAUAGUUUGCAUUGAAAUUUUCAGCAUGUUGAAGAAUUAUGACACACGGCGUGCAUGGCAAUCUGAGUGUUGUGUGUAACGUUGGCAACCUCGCAAGAUAAAGUGGGUAAGAGGGGGGUGUGAGAGGGGGAGAGAUAAGAGCUCAAAUCCGUCCCAAGCAAAUUGGCCCCCCGCAAUCUUGUUUCCCCCGCUUCCAUCAUCAUCUUAUCAAGCGCACGAUAUUUGUAUUACAUAUGCUCGUGUACCGUCUUUCGAAAAUCUUAUCAUUAUAAAG